AUGGCAGAUCUCUUCAAGCGCAACAACGCGCUGAGGGUCAACGACCGCACUGCCAAUGGCGCGACGGCAGACAUCGGCAUCACCGUCCGCGGCUCUGACUUCCUCUGGGCCUGGUGCGCCGUCAUGGGCCUCGCGACGCUGGUCUUCAUCGCGCUGUCGACUCGCAAGCCGCGCACGCACCGCGUCUUCUACUACAUCACCGCGGCUAUCACCAUGACGGCCUUCGUUUCCUACUUCAGCAUGGCCUCUAACCUGGGCUUCACGCCUAUCCCGGUGGAGUUCCGCCGCUCUGACCCAAAGGUGCGGGGUAUCUUCCGCCAGAUAUUCUACGUCCGCUACAUCGACUGGUUCAUCACAACGGCCUUGCUACUCAUGGACCUCCUCCUCACCGCCGGCCUGCCCUGGCCCACGAUCCUCUGGGCCAUCUUCGUCGACUGGUUCAUGAUCGUGUGCGGCCUCGCCGGCGCCCUGACGCAGAGCAGCUACAAAUGGGGCUACUUUGCCUUCGGCUGCGCCGCCCUGCUCUACAUCAUCUACCUGCUCGUCUGGGAAGGGCGCAAGCACGCCAACGCGCGCGGCACCGAUGUCGGCCGCGUCUACACCAUGUGCGGCAGCCUGCAAGCGCUGCUGUGGAUUCUGUAUCCGAUCGCGUGGGGCCUGUGCGAGGGCGGCAACGUGAUUGCGCCAGACUCGGAGAUGGUCUUCUACGGCGUGCUCGACUUCGGCUCCAAGGUUGUCUUCGGCGCCUUGCUCAUCUGGGGCCACCGCAACAUCGACCCGGCUCGUCUGGGGCUCAGGAUCCGCGACUAUGAUGAUGAUCCUGCUGUUCAUGGCAGCUUCUUUAGGGGUGGCCCGGGCCAUGAGAAACAUACUAAUGGUGCGGGAGUGCAUGCGCCGGGGACGAAUGGCGUGCAUGAUGGGCCUGUCGUCUAG